AUGGCGCUUGUAACCAGCAGAGGAGACUCAUCUUCCGCUUUCACUCACCAAUCCAAAAAUUUUGAUGUCUUCUUAAGUUUCAAAGGUGAAGAUACCCAUUUUGGUUUCACGAGUCACUUGUAUAACGCUUUGUGUCAGCAGGGCAUUCACACCUUCAUCAAUAAUAAUCUCCUAAUGGAAGAACAAAUUUCUACUGAACUUUUCAAAACUAUUGAGGGUUCAAUGAUUUCAAUAAUCGUAUUCUCUGAAAACUAUGCAUUCUCUACUCGGUGCUUAGAUGAACUUGUCAAGAUUCUUGAGUGUAAGAAAAAUGAUCAGUUGGUGCGACCAGUUUUUUACAAUGUUGAUCCAUCAGAAAUUCGUAAGCAAAAAGGAAAGUUCGGGGAAGCACUCGCUAAACAUGAAGAAAAAUUUAAGGAUGCUGAGAAGGUACAAAGGUGGAGGAAUGCUUUAUAUGAAGUGGCCAAUAUUUCUGGUUGGCAUUACAAGCACAAUUGUAUUGAAUUCGAAUUUAUCCAAGGAAUUGUCGAAGAGUUAUCAAAUUCAAAAUUAUAUCGUAUGCCAUUAUUUGUUGCUAAAUAUCCAGUGGGAAUAAAUUCUCGAGCAAAGGCCAUAGAAUUACUUUUAGAUAUAGAAUCAAAUGAUGUUCGCAUGGUAGGGAUCUAUGGCCUUGGUGGAGUCGGUAAAACCACAAUCGCAAAAGCUAUUUAUAAUAGGAUUUUUUAUCUCUUUGAUGGAAGAAGCUUUCUAGAGAACAUUAGAGAGAAGUCAGAGACAGAUGAAGGCAUAAUCCAACUGCAAGAGACACUUCUUUUUGAUAUAUUAGGGAAUAAGAAUUUGAAGGUGGGCAGCAUAUCUAGAGGAAUCAACAUGAUAAAUGAAAGUCUUUGUGGCAAAAGGGUUCUUGUAAUUCUUGAUGGUGUGGAUGAAUUAGACCAGAUAGAAAAAUUGCUUGGAAGAUGUGAUUGGUUUGCUUCUGGAAGUAGAAUUAUUAUAACAACAAGAGAUAAGCACUUGCUAGCUACUUUUGGAAAUGGUCUUUCAACCUAUGAGGUAAAGGGAUUAAAUGAACAUGAAGCUUUUGAACUCUUUAAUCAAUAUGCUUUCAAGAGAAAUGAACCCAAGGAAGAUUAUUUGGAACUUGCAAACCAAGUAAUACGUAAUGCCAAAGGCCUUCCAUUAGCUUUAACAAUAAUGGGUGCUGAUUUGCAUGGAAGAAAAAAACCCGAAUGGAAAAAUUCAUUAUAUAAGUAUGAAAAUUUUCCUAAUAAAGAUAUUCAAAAAAUAUUGAAAAUAAGUCAUGAAGGAUUAGAUGAAACUGAAAGGGAUAUUUUCCUCGAUAUUGCAUGUUUCUUCAAUGGACAUUCCAUGGAUUAUGUUGUGGAUAUACUGGAAACCUGUGAUUUAUACCCAGUAUCUGGUAUUCCAAAACUUAUUGAUAAGUGUCUUGUGACUAUUGAUCAACACAAUAAAUUGUCGAUGCAAGACUUGCUACAACAAAUGGGUAGGGAAAUUGUUCGACAAGAAGCACCACGGAAGCCUAGAAAACGUAGCAGGCUAUGGUUUUAUAAGGAUGGUCUUGACCUACUAAUUGAAAAUAAGGGGUCAGAUAAAAUUCAAGGCAUAAUGUUGUGCUCACCUGAACCAAUCAAGGUACAAUUAAAGGAGCAAUUUCUUAAGAUGAAAAAUCUCAGAUUACUUAUAAUUCAUAAUCUACAUAGCUCUGGACAUCUUGAAUAUCUUCCCAAUGAAUUAAGGUUUCUUGAUUGGCCUGGAUAUCCAUUUUCUUCAUUGCCAACCAAUUUUUGUCCCAAGAAACUGGUUGCACUCAACAUGUCGGGCAGCCGAUUACAGAAAAAAUUCAAGCAGAUAUUUUUGUCCGAAACCUUGAAAUAUGUAAAUUUUAGUUGGUGUAAAUACAUUAGGAAAUUACCUGACUUAUCAAAGGCCCCAAACAUAAAAGAAUUGGAUCUUAGGUAUUGUACGAAUUUAGUUGAGGUUCAUGACUCUGUCGGGCAUCUUGAAAAGCUUGAAGUAUGGGAACUCAACAAUUGCACUAAACUUCGAAUUCUUCCAAGUUGUCUCAUGAUGAAAUCUCUUGCAUCUUUGACUCUUACUGGCUGCUCAAGCCUUAAGAAGUUCCCAGAUAUUUCUCAAGAAAUGAAAUGUUUAGGCAAGUUAGCACUGCACCCAACUGGUAUUUGUGAAUUUCCUUCAUCAUUUGGGAAUCUCAUUGGACUUAAGAGCUUACAACUCGGAAACCAUUUGUUUGGAGACAUUUUAGGACUUCCACCAAAUAUACCAUGUUUAGGUGUCAAAAGCGACAUAUCAAUGGAUCCACAGUUAUCUAGAAGAAUAUCCCAAGGAGAUGAUGAAUAUGAAAUUAUAUUGCCCGGACAUGACAUUCCAAAUUGGUUCAACCAUCAAAGUGUCGGAAAGUCCAUAUCAUUCUGGAUUGGUCCAGAAUUUCCCACAUUUGGUCUAUGUCUUGCUUUUGGAAUGGAGGAUAAUUAUAGUGAUUAUUGUUAUCAUGUUGACAUUUCCAUCAAUGAAACUAACCCCUAUUUGAAGGUACAACAGAGAGCCUACAUCAACAGGGAAGACAGGAAUCACCCAGUGACUCAAUACCAAUCCAAAAUGACCAUUGACCAAGAAAAUCCAGCAAGACCAGCAGAUUCUUGUACUGACAGAAGGCUAUAG